CGCCAAGAGCAUCCUAGGACGACAGUCGUCGCAACAACGAGCACCUACAUACCUACGGACUAAGUCUCUUCCUGCAAUUAUUCCCCAGAAUUCUCGAAAUAAUCAACGAACCUUUAGAUCCUGGACCAUUGUGCCGCGGAGAGGGAGCCUGGAUUUCCCAAUGCUCGUCAGGGUACCAGCGCGAUGCCCCUACCAAAGCUCAGCCCGCUGCAGUCGCGGUUUGCAGCAUCUCUUAUAGCUUCAAUCAUGUUGCUGAUUCUAUACCUUGUUUUCACACUGCCCAACUUGGCAUACGCUGCAGAUGUUGAUUCGACACGAGCGCAAGAUCACAACCACGAACGAAUAUUGGACAUGGAUAUAUUAGGGGCCAAUGUCGAGAACCUGGAUUUAAGAUCAGAGGCAGGAUACGAGGCAGAAUUCAUAGGAUACGAUCGAGGCAUUAUUGGAAGAGCACCCACAGCGAACAGUCCAACACAGUUGACUAAUAAUGUCGCGAGGACUGACAAUAUUGUGCAGGGACAAACAUUUUCCUAUGUGUUUCCUAGCGCAGAGAUUGGGCUUCAAAGCCGAAGUACUGAAGAUGGAAUGGAGCAGGCAAGGCUGGUGAAGGAGAGUGACGAAGGGGAAGAUUUUGAAGACCUCAAACUAAGACCUCGACAAUCUCGAACGGUCUAUAUCUCUGUGAAUACAUGUCUACAGCCCCGGCCGAUACACAACACGACGAUAGAACCGCCGCCUCAGCUUCAGCUCUACAUAUCGCAGUCCGAGAGCAACCCCAAUCCCGGUCCAAAUUCAGAUGGUGUUCAGGAGAUGGUCAUGUUGGACGGGGGUGCUGUGAUGAAGACAGUAAGCGUUACCGGCGACCUUUUCAUGGGCGUGUAUGGCGUAAAUACAACCGCUUACCAAGAUGUAUGGAAUGCCGAGAUUGCUGUAUCCACUGAUGGUUUCUACCACACUUUUUACAACAACUCUGAUCCGAAUCUUCAGCUGAUCGAUAGUGACAGUAGUGCUGCACUGCUGGUCACCGGCAACCUCACCAAUGAAGAUGUCUCGAGUUCGGCGUAUCAAGCGGUGUUGAAUGCUGCGCCUCCAUAUCUGUUAUUUGCAACCGAUAGUAAUGAGCGCCCCAUUCAAGGCCUUCAAAAUUCGUACUGUGGUUUGAUGCAGAAUGCUGGGAUUGUGCCCUCAACUACCGGACAGAGUGCGAGCAAUAUCGAUACGAGCCUUACGACCAGAGGGAAUGGUGCACCGAAGCAACAGUUUUAUCUCACGGGCAUCAAAGGCGGCACAACGUAUAGUGCAAUUCUCGCAAUGUAUGGUGGUAGAAAUUCUACUACGGGCGGCUCUGGAGUAGUGGGAGGCGGUGGACAAGUCUGGCCAAUGAUGAACUUUACUACUCUUUCCGAUGGCAACUGCGCUGUGGUCUUCAAUCUAUCUUUCUGUGAUCAAACAGCAUAUGCUGUGCCCGGAAAUCCCAACAACUUCCCAAAUAUGACCUCUCUCGCUUCUUUCUACGACAAUGGCGCCUCCCAAUACUAUCAGAACUUCCAGAACGUAUUGGCGCAGAUACCUUGCAAUACCACCUCUACAGCUCAAUACUCUCUUGCGAGAAAUUGCGACGACUGUGCUGCAGCUUAUAAGGCGUGGCUUUGCUCGGUUUAUAUACCUCGAUGUACCGACUUCUCGUCCGAUUUACCGUGGCUUCGGCCACGAAGCAUGAUAAAUCCUUUCCCAAACGGCACGAUGCUUCCUCCUGAGGUUGUCAGCGUUGCGAAUCAGUCGGCAUUCCUCAGCUCGUCCAGGAACCCGAUGAUAGACCAAUACGUCAAUCCCGGCCCUUAUAAGGAGAUCCUUCCUUGUGAUGACCUGUGCUACAAUAUUGUCCAGAGCUGUCCAUCUUCCAUGUCGUUCGGGUGCCCCUUACCUGGUCGGACGUCAUUCAAUCAGAGCUAUGGAAUAAAAUCGAAAACCCAGGUGACAUGUAAUUACCCUGGGCCUAAUUAUGACCAAAUUACAAGCGGAAGCGGGACGAUUAUGCCGCAUCUGCUGAUGUUCGUCGCCCUGGUGGUGAUGAGUUUGGUGGCUGUAUGAGUUGCGUUGUAACCCCCUUUCUUUUGCAGCGUGGAUCGAGGGCAUUGAUGGCGUUUACAGGGAAUCUUGGUUUAUAAUGAGCUCCACGAAGUAUGAUCCUU